AUGGCUUCCAAGAUUUAUGCAGCCAUCUUGACUGUGAGUGAUACGGCCGCGCACGACAAGAGCGCAGACCGUUCUGGUCCAACGAUCCAGCAGAUCCUAGCAGAUCGCGAUAUCGCCGUUCGCGAAGAGGACUAUAAAAUCGUAUCGGAUGAUGCUGCCGCUAUUCAAGCCACAGUAAAGGAGUGGCUUGCUCGUCAGAAUCGACGCGUCGACUGGAUCGUGACGACAGGUGGAACGGGCUUUGGCGCACGAGAUAUAACCCCAGAGGCGAUCUCUCCUUUACUCGAAAGACAGGCGCCUGGGCUUGUACACCUCUUGAUCUCGUCGUCGCUCAAGCAUACGCCGCUCGCUGCGCUCUCGAGGCCGGCGGCGGGGACGUCUGGCUCUACGAUCGUAACCACGCUCCCUGGGAGUGUUAAAGCGGUCAAGGAAUGCUUGGAUGCGCUGUUUAUGGGUGGUGUUAUCACCCACGCUAUUGACCUCGCUCGGGGUGGGACUGGGAAGCAGGUUCAUGCUGCUCUGGGAACGUCUCAUGGUGCUAGUGAGGUGCAGCACAGUCACGGGCAUGGGCACGGGCAUGGUCAUGGCCACCAUGGCUGCGGUCGUGAUCAUGCUCAUGGGGGCCACCACCCUCCAAAGCCCCGGUCUGGCGGUCUGCUGUCUCAUGAUCCUAAUGCUCCAGCUUCCGCGCGACACCGACAGUCGCCGUAUCCAAUUAUCAGUCUUGAAGAAGCGUUGAAGCUUGUUGAUGAACACACAGAGCGCUUGACCAUCGAGACUCGCGCAGUGGACCAUACCCUCCGUGGCUAUGUCCUAGCAGAAGACGUUUAUGCUCCUCACAAUGUCCCUCCGACUCCAACCACCAAUGUCGACGGGUAUGCUAUCAGAUCUACUGACCCUCCGGGGGUCUACAAAGUCGUCACAUCGUCCGACCACCGCUUGUCCGAUGUUGUCCCCGAAGGUACAGUCUAUCGCAUCAACACCGGUGGACCUCUACCUGCCGCAACAGACGCCGUCAUCAUGGUGGAAGACACAAAGCUUGUGUCGACCUAUCCCGAUUCUGGGGAAGAAAAGGAAAUUGAAACUCUGGCUCAGGUUCCUGCAGGGGAAAACGUCAGAAAGGCUGGGUCUGAUGUACAAAAAGGAGAUCUAGUCAUGCAUGCGGGUGACCGUAUCCUGAGUGUAGGAGGAGAAGUAGGAACUCUGGCCUUCGUUGGCAGGAAAGAGGUCAAAGUAUACCGCAAGCCUGUCGUUGCGUUACUCAGUACAGGCAACGAAUUGGUCGAUCUUCAAAGGCCGAAAGAGGAUCAAGGAAGCGAAUCAUGGAGCGGAAUAUAUGACACGAAUCGACCUUCUCUUCAGGCAGUGCUGGAAGGCCUAGGAUUCGAAGUCACUGACUUGGGAAUCGUUUCUGACCAUGUCAAUGCACAUGUUGAAGCAAUUCAAAAGGGCUUGAAUCAGGCGGACCUCAUUCUAACCACUGGAGGGACUUCGAUGGGGCCUACGGACCUCCUGAAGCCAGUGAUCGAACGAAACUUCAAAGGGACCAUCCACUUCGGUCGCGUAGCGAUCAAGCCCGGCAAACCCACCACAUUCGCGACUAUCCCCUUUAUCGGAACAGCUCAGGAAGAAGUGCAUAAACCGGUAUUUGCGUUGCCAGGAAAUCCAGCUUCUGCGUUGGUCACUUUCUAUGUGUUUGUUCUGCCUGCACUCCGCAAGCUUGGUGGAUGGCCCGAUGAAGUGAAGCACUUGCCGAGAGUCCGUGUUCAAGUGAAAUCGCCAAUGCUCUUUGACCCUCGCCUGGAGUUCCAUAGAGCGGUAAUCAAGGUGCAGACGUCAACUGGUGUGCUGGAGGCGUGGUCUACCGGAGGGCAACGUUCGAGCCGAGUGGCAAGUCUGAGUGGAGCUAACGGAUUUGUUAUUGUCCCUCCCUUGAAAGGACAAGGCAAGACAAAGCUAGAAGUGGACGAAUGGGCAGAAGCUAUCCUCAUUGGAGAGUUGCAAGUUGGGUGA